CACAGACGCCGCUACGUCAUCUGCGUAACUGAGCACGCACCGGCCGGGAGUUUGGGAGCUGCGGGCCUGUGCUGUAUGCAGGAACCGAAUUGCGUGUUUUAAACCCGCCUGAGAUGUGGAUGUAGCGCAUCCCUGCCGCUACAUCGCCCGGACUUGUUUCUACACCAGCAGGAUGGCGGCGGCAGUCACGGCGUCUGUGGAACCAGGGCUGGACCCGAACGGGACGGAGGGGGACGGCCGCGAAAACAACACCGAGGAGGAGAGCAGCCAGCCGACGGCUCCCGGACCCACCUCCCGUUUAGCAAAGCUGCCGCUAUCCCGUAUAAAGGCCCUGAUGAAGGCCGACCCAGACGUAUCCCUAGCCAGCCAGGAGUCCGUCUUUAUCAUUGCUAAGGCCACGGAGCUCUUCGUGGAGAUGAUAGCCAAGGAUGCGCUGGUGUUCGCCCAACAGGGAAAGAGGAAGACUCUGCAGAGGAAGGACCUGGACAGCGCCAUCGAGGCUGUGGACGAAUUCGCCUUUCUGGAAGGUGCUUUGGACUGACGGAGCAGGUCACCCUCACCCCUUCAUUCAGAACCCCCCCAAAGACCUCCUCAUACAGACACACCCCCCCUGCCCACACUGGAGGAAGUCUUCUGUAUUUACAGUACUUACUUACAAAAUGUUGAAUUUUUGUAUGACUUUUAAAACAAAUAAAGUAAUUUAAAAUUU